CCAAAAGCCAAAAGAGAAUCCGAUGGCGUUCGCGGCCGUUCUAUCCUCCGGCUCCCGCGCACGCACCUCCUCCUCCAACCUCCAAACACCAACGCCUCGCCGCCGCCCCACUACCAAAACCCUCGCCCUCCCCCCACUUCCCCUCGCCGCCGACCUCUCCCUCGACUCCCCUGCAGCUAUCGCCGUUCUCGGUAGCGCCGCCCUUGCCGCCGCAGUCUCCCUCACAGACCCCGAACGCCGACGCCAACAACAAGCCCAAGAGAUAGGCGGUACCGACAAAGAAGUCGUCCGCGAGUACUUCAACACCACCGGCUUCGACCGCUGGAAGAAGAUCUACGGUGACGCAACCGAAGGCGUCAACAAGGUCCAGCUCGACAUUCGCCUCGGUCACUCCAAGACCGUGGAAAACGCCAUCCAAAUGCUCAAGGACGGCGGACCCCUUUCCGGCGUUAGCGUCUGCGACGCAGGCUGUGGGACAGGAAGCCUCGCGAUCCCCCUCGCACGCGAGGGGGCAAUCGUCUCCGCCAACGAUAUAUCGGCAGCGAUGGUGGCGGAGGCGCGGAGACAGGCGGAUGAGGCGAUUAGCGGCGUCGAGGGACUGACAUUCCCUAAGUUUGAGGUCAUGGAUUUGGAGGGGCUGGAGGGGAAAUACCAUACGGUGGUAUGUCUCGAUGUGCUGAUACAUUACCCGCAGGAAAAAGCGGAAGGGAUGAUCGCGCAUCUGGCUUCGCUUGCAGAGGAGAGAUUGGUGCUUAGCUUUGCGCCAAAGACAUUGUAUUAUAGUUUCUUGAAGAGGCUUGGGGAGCUAUUUCCAGGGCCAUCGAAGGCGACGAGAGCGUAUCUACAUGCAGAGAGCGAUGUGGAGAGGGCGCUUGAGAAGGUUGGUUGGCGCGUGAGAAGGAGAGGCUUUACUAGCACGCAGUUCUACUUCGCCAAGCUUGUCGAGGCGGUGCCGGUGGCCUGAGACUGCGAUUGUUUGUGAUUUUGGAGAAAUUAAGAUCUUCGAUUAGGUGGAACUGUUCAUGAAUGAUCGUAACUGGGCUUAUUAAGGAGAUAUUAAGCGAGGGAUUCUUGCUUCUAUGUACUGAUUUGUAUGAAUUUCUGGUUCCUAAGGAUUUUUGGUUUUUCGGAGGGUUGCUUUGCUCCCCUGAAAAUUAGGGCAGGUUUGGCUGUCGGGGAGCUGCUCAGUCGCUGAUGUACUAUUUGUUUCUUUGAGCAGCAGGGCAAGGCUUUGCUAGAAUUUCCUGGUUUCCGAUUUUGUUCGGCUAUAUAAAAACAUAAAUAACUGUUUGAUAUAUUUUUUAGUCAAAA